UACGGAAGUGUAGUAAACAUAGUCAAUGGUCAAAAACAAAUGUUCAAUAAGCAGUGUUUCGGUUGUUGCGGUGAUGUUUUAGCGUGUUUUUAAAAUAGUAAAGUGACCGUGUUGCGUUUGAUACUGGAGUGUUGGGAAACGUCAGUUGCAACAAACUAACGCAAAAGGAAAGUAUGUCGUCUGCAGCUAAUGGUUGCAUGAAUGCAUUGUAACAACAAAUACGUAAUACCUUAAACGACAUUAUAAUUCUAUAAAACUAGAAAGCUAGUUGACUCGUAUCUUUAGCAAAGGUGACUCAGGCUUUACACUCAUCACCCAGUGACAUGUAUUUUGUCAGUAGAACACACCACAUUGUUAGCUGCAACGGUGUGCAACGCAUUUAGCUUUCAUCCUUGUGUUGUGCCGCAGCGAUGGCAGAGGCCGGAGCUCACCUGACUUCCAGCGCUGCGAAUGAGCUUCCGUCGGUCUUUGAGGUCCUGGCCCAGGAGUCUCUGAUGGAGGCGGUGAAACCUGCGCUGAGACACGCUGUAAAGGUUCUGGCAGAGUUUAAUCCAUCCCGUUUUGGCUUCCUGUGGAAAUUCUUCGAUGAACUUUACUUGAUGCUGGACCUCCUCCUUCAGAACCACUUCCUUUCUCAGUGUAGUGCUUCCUUCUCUGAGAACUUCUACGGCCUGAAAAGAGUCUCAGGACUUACUGCUCGUCUAGGGAUCCACAGGAAAUCACACUGGUGCUCGCUUCUUCUUUUGUGUCUUGUGCCAUACCUGCAAACCAAGCUGGAAGCAACGUUGGCAAAGCAGAGAGAUGAGGAGGAUUUCUCCAUUCAACUAGCACACACCAGGAGCCAGAGGCUCUACCGGGCAGCUGUAGCAGCAUAUCCAUAUGUCAGCUCAGCCUGGCAAGCCUUGGUUUUCUGCCAGCAGCUGCUCUUUGUCUUUGGAAUUACCAAGACGCAUAGUCCUCUGCUGUGGCUGGCCAGGGUGAGACUGGCACGGCUUAAUGCCCAGGAUAUUAGAGAAAUGGAACUCAAAACCACAAGCCAUGACAGCCCUUUUAACAAAAGCCUGUUGCAGAGAAUGUGGUGGUUGGUGUCACAAGCUACGAGGGUCUUGGCGUCCUCCCUAUCUACCUCCCUGUCCUUGGGCGUCUUCUUCCUGCAGUUUGUAGAUUGGUGGUACUCCGCUGAGAACCAGAGCGCUGUAAAAACUCUGACCUCCCUGCCAGUUCCUCUGCCCCCUCUGCACCUGCAGGAGUACAGCUGCAUGGAUUUUUCAUCUUUUUCAUCCAGUCACAGGAAAGAAAUGCAGUUUAGGUCUGAGAACAACAACUGUUCCCUGUGCAGGAGGACAUGCGGUAACGCCGCGGUGCUGUCAACCUCUGGCUUUGUCUUCUGUUACCACUGCAUCUAUAUUUAUGUAAAGGCCAACCACUGCUGCCCGGUCACUGGUUACCCCACUGAAUUGCAGCACCUCAUUAAGAUAUACCCAGAGGAGGUUUAAGGUUUAUUGUGUAACCACUGUCACAAAAAAUUGGUUUAAACAGUUCAGUAAUAAACUUACUUUGCUAAUAAAAAUGUUAAAUUCCAUUUUGAAUUACUGCAGUUAAUAUUUCUCCAUAUCUUGAAUGUAGUAAACUAAUCGGGGCAGAUACACUAUUCCAACUAGAAAAAGUAAUUUCUUGAGAGAAAUUCCGUGUGAGAGCAGUUAUGUUGCUGAAAAGGCUCAAAACGCUGAUAACGACAAAACAAUGUCAAAGAUUUAACAGAUGACCAACAUUAAAAAGUUGGUUGAGAGGAGGAAUUGUACAGGCUGAUGGCCACCGGCAGGAAGGAUCUCCGGUGUUCUGUGGAGCAUCUGAUACUGAUCAGCCUCUGGCUGAAGGUGCGUCACUGCACACUGUGUAGGGGACAACAAUUGUGUUGUUUAGGAUAGAGAUCCUCCUCUCAGCUACAGCAUGUAGGGAGUCCAGCUGCACCCCUAGAAAAGAACCAGCCCUCCUGAUCAGUUUGUCUGCUACAAUCAUGCUGCAUUCAUCUGUAAACACACACACACACAUAUAUGUAUGUAUUAGUGCUUUGCACGUUAACGCGUUAAUCGUGCAUUAACACAGUUUAGUUUCAUUAUUAAUAUUUGGAAAUUACGUUGCUCAGUGGGUCUGAAUACUCAUGCAGACAAACUGUAGGUCUCAGGAGCGAGCUGUUAAUCAAUACUGGCCUGCGAUAUGCUUCUCAACCAAACAAAGCCUUUGGGGGCGGGGCCUAAGACCGCUGCAGCUCUUACUGAACUAGAACCAAACAGAAUAAAGGUGUCCUAAGUGGACAUUAUCAAUUUAAUUCUAUUCCGAAUGGUGGAGUUCGUGGACACAGCUGAAUAUGAAUUAGCUGAAUCACUAUAGUACUUUAAGUCUGAGGUAUCACUUAAAUGCAAUACACACUGUUGACACCAACAAAUCACCCACCUGAACAAACAGCGGAGGGAGACUUCGGCAGACUACAUUGGAUGUAGCGUGUGGGAGAAGUAUAAACAAAAGCAAGGCAAGCUAACAAAUGCCAUAGGUAAGUGAUUAGCUACGUACAAACUGCAGGCGGAUUAGUGUUGGAAGAUGUCGGUCUGAACGUUAAUAGUAACAAAUCUUAACGAAUGACGGCACUUGUUAGCCCCCCUCAUGACGCACCAUCACAGGAAGAAUAAACAAGUUAUAUGAAAAAGAAUGGACUGUAAAAUUUACGGCGAUACAUGUAUCAACUGAGAAUAGUAGUUUUAAAAUUAAAAUGGGUGUUACUAAAUGCCUCUGAUAUUGAUACAUUAAUCGCAAUUAUUAUCGCAAAAAACUCAUGCAAGUACUGUGAUUAAGGAGUUUAAUUGUUGCCCAGCACCAAUAAGACCCAAGCUCUAAUUUGUUAGUCUUUUUUUGUUUUCUCUCUGCUAUUUGGGCUUAUGGAAUAAGUAUGAAAACUAAGCAUCAUCUUUUGAUGUAGUGAUGUAGUUUUAGAAAAAAACAUGGUGUACACAAAAAAUGGACAGUCUGAAUUUAAUUAAAUGUCUUUAUUUCCAACCUGAACAGCAGUACAUGAACAUGUCUUCCCUUGUUUUGAAUGGUUGUCAUAUUCUGACAGCUCUGCAUUGUCUUCUUGACCACAUAUUUCUUAGGUCCUUACGGUAGAGUAGCCAGCUGUUGGCUAAAGCCAGAUCCGUGAAGUGCAUUAGCAUGCGCGCUGUACUCAGUACGAGUGCUCACGUGAUAGUAACUCAUCAUUCUGUCAGCCAAGUCAACUCCACUCAUCUUAAAGGUGUACUCACGGACAAUGCUUGGUCGCGAGACAGCCAUAUAUUGUUUCAAUUUCUUGUCCCAGCGUUGACAGGUGUCUUCAGGCUGUGCACUGUAAACAACAGACAUCAAUAGUACUGGUUUGUUGUCGUACCAUUUGACUACACACAUCUUUCCAUCUUCAGUGGAAACCUCUGUUGAGGUACCUCUUCCUGCUUUUUUCAUGGCUUUGUCAGUGGGUAAUUUCUGCACUGCUGCAGCGACCCUGUUCUUCAUUACUGUACCAGUCAUGUAUAGCUUUCUUCAUAAUUUGACCUUCGUGCCACAAUUCAGUUUGACACAGACAAGCAAUGACUAAGCUUCCCAAACCCAGACCGUUUCUUACACUUGAUCAAGCAGUACAUCUCUGCAGCAACUGCAGCCUUGCAGAAUCCAAUCCAGAAAAGGCCUAACCUUCCAGAAUUUGUCCCUCUUCUUCAAGUCUUCUGGCACGUCAUCAUCAAUCACCACUUUUACUGAUUGCCUCAGUUUGAAGAAUCUAUCGCGGGCGAAUGUGUUAGUGAUGGAAGUAAAUCUCAAGGUUUAAGACAAGUACAUCCUGAGUUUUGGGUAUUGGACCGCAAAACAUCAAAAUACAGGCACCAAAUUAAUGGUAUAUCUCAUCUACUGAAGUAUUGAGUAGAUCCCCACUCCUUGACAGUGAUAUAGCGUUAGAGCAAUCUGAAAUAGUUUUCAUAAAAUCUUUAUCCAUGUACUGUUCAAAAUAGUUCAGUGGGACCCCACUGAACUAUUUUGCCAUGUCUGUCAUGCUCAGUAUUGUCUGCUGAGUUUGGUGGCCAUGUCUGGCGGUGUGGGAUUUGGCAGUAUCAUAAUCUGAAACUGUCCCUGACUCUGUCCCUGAAUCUGUGUUGUAAAUUAGCAUUUUGCUACAAACAUUGAAUGUUGCAAUGUCUAAAUAUAUCCUUCACAUGACCCUUAAGUCCUAAUUAACUAAGAUAAACAAAUAUCACUGGGUCUUGGCUAACUAUUUUUUUUUUACCAUGGAGACGUUUAUGUCCCCUUCUAUGCUCAAUGGGCUCUGGAAUGGGGUCCUCAUCACUACUGCCAUCCUAACUGCUGCUUUGCACCUAUGGUGUGGGUACAUAAUCAGCAUCCAAGACAGUAUCAUCAUUGUCAGACAAAUGUUCCAAAUCCGACUUGUCUCCAUGGAUUAGCCCGAGUAACUCCAGCACUUUUUGCAAAGAAUAAAGCUCUGAAAAAAAAAUCAUGAAAAAAGUUAAAUUAAUAAUUAAUCUAUAUAUGUAUUUAUUUAAUUGUUAAUUUAUUUCACUGCCAAUGUUCAGCUUUAAAGGAGACUGAUCAUACUGAGCUGGGCAGGAGAUGUCUGUGUAUCAACAGUCUGCAGUGAUUUCUCUGUUUGAUAGCCUCCUCGCAUGUGCGUAACUGGGAUGUGCCCUACAGUAUCGAAAAGACAAUAUUAAAUUUACUGUAAAUUGUAUUGGUCCUUGCUCCUCCCUAAACCGCCGCCUUACCGUGGUGGAGGAGUUUGUGUGCCCGAAUGACCCCGGGAGCUAUGUUGUCGGGGGCUAAAAGCCCCUGGUAGGGUCUCCCAAGGCAAACAGCUCCUGGGCGACGGGCCAGUCUAAGAGCGGUUCACUAACCCCCCUAUGAAAGGCGGACGACCAAGGCCAGAGACGUCGCCCGGUAUGGCGCAGCCGGGGCCCCACCCUGGAGCCAGGCCCGGGGUUGGGGUGAUUGGGAGGAACGGCCUCCCUGAUCUGAACCCGAAUGGUGUUAUGUUAUUGGACUUCUGUACUAGGCACAGUUUGGCCAUAACAAACACCAUGUUUGAACAUAAGGGUGUCCAUCGGUGCACAUGGCACCAGGACACCCUAGGCCGGAGGUCGAUGAUAGACUUUGUAGUCGUUUCACCUGACCUUCGGCCAUAUGUUUUGGACACUCGGGUGAAGAGAGGGCUGAGCUGUCAACUGAUCACCACCUGGUGGUGAGUAGGAUCCGCUGGCAGGGAAGGAGGCUGGAACGACUUGGCAGGCCCAAACGUAUUUUGAGGGUCUGUUGGGAAUGCCUGGCUGAACACUCUGUCAGACAGACCUUUAACUCGCACUUCCGGGAGAGCUUCGACCAGAUUCCGAGGGAGGUUGGAGACAUAGAGUCCGAGUGGACCAUGUUCUCUGUCUCCAUCGUCAACGCGGCCGUUCGGAGCUGUGGACGCAGGGUCUCCGGUGCCUGUCAUGGUGGUAAUCCCCGAACCCGGUGGUGGACGCCGGAGGUAAGGGACGCCAUCAAGCUGAAGAAGGAGUCCUACCAGGUAUGGUUGACCUGUGGGACUCCUGAGGCAGCUGAUGGGUACCGGCAGGCCAAAUGUGCUGCAGCCCGUGCCGUUGCGGAGGCAAAAACUCGGGCCUGGGAAGAGUUCGGGGAGGCCAUGGAGGAGGACUAUCGCUCGGCCUCAAAGAGAUUCUGGCAAACUGUUCGGCGCCUCAGGAGGGGAAAGCAGUUCUUUACCAACUCUGUUUUCAGUGGAGGUGGGGAGCUGUUGACCUCAACUGGGGAUGUUAUUGGACGGUGGAAGGAGUACUUUGAGGAUCUCCUCAACCCCUUCUGCUGAGGAAGCAGAGGCAGGGGACUCAGAGGCGGACUCGCCCAUCAACCAGGCUGAGAUCACUGAGGUAGUUAGUAAGCUCCUCAGUGGCAGAGCAGCGGGGGUGGAUGAGAUCCGUCCGAGUACCUCAAGUCUCUGGAUGUUGUGGGGCUGUCUUGGGUGACACGCCUCUGCAACAUCGCGUGGACGAGGGGGACAGUUCCUCUGGACUGGACAACCGGGGUGGUUGUCCCUCUUCACAACAAGGGGGACAGGAGAGUGUGUUCCAACUAUAGGGGGAUCACACUUCUCAGUCUCCCUGGGAAAGUCUAUGCCAGGGUACUGGAGAGGAGAAUUCGUCCGAUAGUCAACCUCGGAUACAGGAGGAACAAUGUGGUUUUCGGCCUGGUCGUGGAACACUGGACCAGCUUUAUACCCUCAGCAGGGUGCUUGAGGGUUUGUGGGAGUUUGCCCAACCAGUCUACAUGUGCUUUGUGGAUCGGGAGAAGGCAUUCGACCGCGUCCCUCUUGACAUCCUGUGGGGGGUGCUCCGGGAGUAUGGAGUCCAGGGCCCUUUGCUAAGGGCUGUUCGGUCUCUGUACAACCGGAGCAGGAGCUUGUUUCGCAUUGCCAGCAAUAAGUCAGACCUGUUCCCGGUGCAUGUUGGACUUCGGCAGGGCUGCCCUUUUUUUUAUUUUUAUGGACAGAAUUUCUAGGCGCAGCCAGGGGCCGGAGGGGGUCUGGUUUGGGGACCACAGGAUAGCAUCUGUGCUUUUUGCAGAUGAUGUUGUCCUGUUGGCUUCAUCAGGCCAGGACCUCCAGCGUGCGCUGGUGCGGUUUGCAGCUGAGUGUGAAGCGGCUGGGAUGAGAAUCAGUUCCUCCAAAUCUGAGGCCAUGGUUCUCGACUGGAAAAAGGUGGUUUGCUCUCUCCAGGUUGGAGGAGAGUUCCUGCCCCAAGUGGAGGAGUUUAAGUAUCUUGGGGUCUUGUUCACGAGUGAGGGAAGGAAGGAGCGUGAGUCUGACAGACGGAUUGGUGCGGCGGCUGCAGUAAUGCGGUCGGUGUAUCGGUCCGUCGUGGUGAAGAGGGAGCUGAGCCAAAAGGCAAAGCUCUCAAUUUACCGGUCAAUCUACGUUCCUACCCUCACCUAUGGUCAUGAGCUUUGGGUCAUGACCGAAAGGGCAAGGUCACGGAUACAAGCGGCUGAAAUGAGCUUCCUUUGCAGGGUGGCUGGGCGCUCCUUUAGAGAUAAGGUGAGGAGCUCUGUCACCCGGGAGGAGCUCGGAAUAGAGUUGCUGCUCCUCCACAUCGAGAGGAGCCAGUUGAGGUGGCUCGGGCAUCUGGUUCGGAUGCCUCCUGGACGCCUCCCUGGGGAGGUGUUCCGGGCAUGUCCCACCGGUAGGAGGCCCCGAGGAAGACCCAGGACUCGCUGGAGAGACUACGUCUCUCGGCUGGCCUGGGAACGUCUUGGGGUCCCACCGGAAGAGCUGGAGGAAGUGUCUGGGGAGAGGGAAGUCUGGAACUCUCUGCUCUGACUGCUGCCCCCGCGACCCGGCCCCGGGUCGCCAUGGUACAAGCUAUAGGUAACUGACCAGAUAAGCAGCAGUUUUUGUAGAGAUGUGACUAAUAAGCAACUAAGCUUGCAUCACAACACAGUAAUCAUUCCAAGUAAUCAUGUUAGAAUUUGAUAGAACAAUGACAUAACCCAAAAUCACAAGUUGAUUUAGGCUGUGACACAGGACGGGGUAAUAAACAUAACCGCGUUCAUCUGCAGGUUCUUUUUGUAGCGAUCGACCAGCUGUAGCUCUACAGUGCAAAGGCCUAAUGGCAUGCUAACAGCUAACGCAACACACAAAUAGGAGCGGCAGCACCAUACACCACCUCCUCCCUGCCUGUCGCUGAUUGCAGGCCCAUCGCUAUUAGCAGUUUUGCACACAGGUGUGUGAUUGCACCAACUCAGAUUAGCACAUUUGAAAGGGACAGAGGCUCGGUUGAUUCGCUGUAGCUGUUGGCAACACUAGCGAUUAGCUUGUCUCACAUGUGGGUUACCACAUUUUAAAAAGACCAACUAACAUAUCAAGACAUCACAAGUAUCAACCACAAACUUACUACAGCGAGCUAGAUCCACCGCUCCCUGCCUGUUACCGCUGGAAGGGCGAUAACAAUCAGCUGUUCCCCCCAGGUGUAUGCGAUUACAGAAAAGGGCCAAAAGCUAGACCCACCGCUACCUGCCUGUAGCCGCUCAAUGCCAAUAGCCAUUAGCUUGUCUCACAUGUGGGUAACUACAUUUUAAACAGACCAACCAACAUAUUAAGUAUCAAGCACGUACUUACUACAGCGAGCUAGACCCACCGCUUCCUGCCUGUAGCUGCUUGAAUGACGAUAGCCAUUAGCUUUUCUCCACACAGGUGUGUGGCUGCAGGAGCCCACAUGAGCACAUUUGAAGGGGACAAAGGCUCUGUCGACUGGCUGUAGCCGUUAGCAUAGCUAGCUGCUAACUUGCCUCCCACAUAGGUUACUACAUUUUAAACAGACAAACUAACAUUUAAACACAUUAUAAGUAUCAAGCAUGUACUUACUUCUGUGAGUGAAUGACGGACUGUGGGAAUAGAUCCUUUUUUUUCAACAGGAGCCAUGAGACAAAUCAAGCAUUGUACGCACCCUCGUUUGAAAUGCACAUACGUAUAAAUGCUGAGGCAAAAUGUCUCAAUUAAGCAGAACUAACUACUAUGGUAAUACAACCCAAAAAGUUAUGUACAGGCAUGUGUUCACCAGGUCCCAAGAGGAAGGGAGUAAUUACGAAAUAAACAGAAUAUAAAAUGGAAAUGCUUUCAAGCAUUUUCUGUUUAAUUUUUUAUUGCACAUUUGUUAAAACUAGAUGGGUGUACUGACGUAUUUUCUGUACUUUUUGGUGACGUUACAGUGCAAACAAUAUGUGAACUUUAUUUAUUUUUUUUUGUAAAUAAACAAAGUUUAACCACGUUUGAGAAAGAUCUGAAA